AUGGCCUUCUCUAUCCAGAACUUGGAUCCGACAGUUGCGAUGCACCAUCUCACAACAGCCCUUAGGCCAGGGCCAUUUGUCAACAGUAUCUGCAAUCAAGUACAUGCAAAUGGAAGAACUGGCCGAGUUCCACAACCAGGGCAUGAUAGUGGUAACAUAAUUAAGCUAAUGUCAAGUACUAUGAGAGUGGUCCUAGUCAUGGCCACCAUGGUGGUGGCAGUGAUUGUGGUUGAUCCAAAGAGAACAGAGGGAACUCGUGCUUUCUUUGUGUUUGGAGACUCACUGGUUGACAGUGGCAACAACAAUUACUUGCCAACCCCGGCACGUGCUGACUCUCCCCCUUAUGGUAUUGACUAUCCCACUCAUCGCCCCACUGGACGCUUCUCCAAUGGCCUCAACCUCCCUGAUCUUAUCAGCAAGCGAAUUGGGUCUGAGCCCACAUUGCCCUACUUGAGCCCUGAAUUAAAUGGACAAAAGCUUUUGGUUGGGGCCAAUUUUGCUUCUGCUGGGACGGGAAUCCUCAAUGACACUGGCAUCCAAUUUGUUGGUAUUUUGAGAAUGUUCCAGCAGUUUGCAUUGUUCGUGGAGUACCAACAACGGUUAAGUGAAGUUGUAGGAAGUGAAAGAGCCAAAAGGGUUGUAAAUGGGGCAUUGGUUCUUAUGACAUUGGGUGGUAAUGACUUUGUUAACAAUUAUUUCUUCACUCCAAUCACUCCAAGGUCUCACCAAUUCAGCGUGCCCCAGUUCUCUACCUACCUUAUCUAUGAGUACCGAAAAAUUCUCAUGAGAUUGUAUGAGUUGGGAGCUCGAAGGGUUCUGGUGACAGGAACCGGUCCACUUGGAUGUAUCCCAUCUCAACUUGCUCAGAGGAGCAGCAAUGGUGAGUGUGUCCCAGAGUUACAACAAGCUACUCAGAUUUUCAACCCUAUGCUUCUCCAAAUGACUACAAAUCUCAACUCCCAGCUUGGUUCCGACAUUUUUGUUGCUGUCAAUGCCUUCCUAAUGAACAUUAAUUUCAUCUCCAACCCUCAAGAAUAUGGUUUUGUGACAUCAAAGGUAGCAUGUUGUGGGCAAGGUCGAUUUAACGGGGUAGGACUGUGCAACCCUUUAUCCAGCGUGUGCCCAAACAGGGAUCUCUAUGCAUUUUGGGAUGCUUUCCACCCAAGCCAACGUGCGUUGGAGUUCAUUGUGGAUGAGAUCUUCAAAGGAACCAGAGACCUUAUGAGCCCUAUGAACCUUAGCACCAUCAUGGCAAUCGACUCCAACAUCUAA